UCUGAACUUGACAAAUACCAGUAGAAAUACCAGUAGGUCUCGUUCAGCUUUGCAAAAGUUCUCCUGUUUGGUAGUCUGCUAGUCCUCUAUCUUGAUUCUAUUGCAGUUCUCCUGACGUCCUGAACAUUAACCAUGGCCAAAAUCGCGUCUUCCGCCAUCCCUAACCUCAAGUCUCAGAUCGAUGCUGUGACUGCUGAUCCCACAGGAGCUCCAGGUCUGGUCUUUGCAGCUGUCAACAAGAAUGGCGAAAUCAUCUUUGAGCAUGCUUCGGGCAAGGUGGGUGUUGGCAAGGAAGAAAACAUGUCGAUGGACAGCAUAUUCUGGAUCGCCAGUUGCACCAAGAUGAUCACGGGAAUUGCGGCUCUCCAGUUGGUUGAGCAAGGAAAACUUGCUCUGGACGAUGUCGAUCUGGUUGAGAAACUGGCUCCCGAACUAAAAGCAGUCCAAGUCUUUGAGAACGGCAAGCUAGUACCCAAGAAAAGGGGUAUCACUCUUCGAAUGCUUUUAUCACAUACAGCUGGAUUCGGCUACUCGUUCUUCGACCAGCGACUCAUCGACUGGGCUGGUGCUCAAGGGUUGGAUGAGUUUUCUGGCUCGUACCAUGAUUAUCUUUCUCAACCACUUGUCAAUCAACCCGGUGAAGCCUGGGAGUACGGUAUCAACAUUGAUUGGGCCGGUCAAUUGAUCGAAAGAGCUUCGGGCAAGAAACUCAACGAUUAUUUCCAGGACCACAUCUUCAAGCCCCUGGGCCUGAAACAGAUUAACAUGUUCCCAGAUGAGGUCAUGAAACGAAACCUGGCCUACAUGAAUUCCCGCGCAGCAGACGGAAGCCUUCGAUUGCAUCCCAGCGGUCACUUGAACCGCAAGCCCCUCUAUGCUACCACCAAGGAGGAAAUCGACGGGACCUUCCAACAAGGUGGAGCUGGGUGCUUUGCUAAGCCAACUGAAUACGUCCAGAUUAUUGCCACACUGCUAAACGAUGGCGAGAGUCCGUUGACAGGCCAACGAAUUCUGAAGAAGGAGACGGUAGAUCAAAUGUUUACAAACCAAAUUCCAGACAUGCCCAACUUUGCUCGUCAGGGCAUCGAUCCACCGAAACGCGACCUCGCCAACCCUCUGCCAGAACUUUACCCUGAGCCCCAUGACAUUCCUCAAGGAUGGGGUUUGACCUUCUUCCUCCACCUCGAAGAUUCUGCUGUUCAUAGCAAGGGCACAGGCUGGUGGGCGGGCCUCCCUAAUCUCUUCUGGUGGGCAGACCGUACGAGGGGUAUCGGUGGCAUGAUUGCCUCACAAAUUAUUCCGUUUGGUGACAUGAAAGUUCUCGGCCUCUGGGGUCAGCUCGAAGCUGGUAUCCUGCAAAACCUCCAGUAGCCCAACAUGAUAACUGAUUUUCUACUUGGUCACUGGAGCUGCUACGUGGUGAAUUACCUCAGAAGACCGAGUUUGUUGGGACAAAAAUUGCAAGAUAGCUUUCGACGCUACGCUGAACCAGCUGCACGAAUAAGCUUUCUGUCUUGAAGGUCUGGCUGGCAGAAUAGAACAGUUUCUAGGACCAUUGAUGAAAUCUCGUCCAGUUGGAAUUUCGCAUCCAUGCGAAUAUACCCUCCGGAUAUCAACG